CUCACACACGCACGCAUUAACACGAAAAGGAAAUCCUCCCAUGGCCGGUACCUCCCAAGGCGCACUGUCCUGCGCCUGCCCGCCGAGCAGCCUCGCCGCCUCCUGGGCGCCCGCGCCGGCCCACCGCCUCCUGACCCGAGCGGCGCCGUACCCGCCUCGCCUGCGCCGCUUGCCUCUGCGCCGCGCCGCCGCAGCCACCCUGCGCGCCAAGCCGCCCCACCGCCGCCGGCUGCCGCAGCCUAGCGCCGCCUCCCAGGUCCGGCCGUCGCCCCGCGUGCCACCGCCGGACCGAGCCACCCACCGGCCGAACGGUUGGACCGGUAUGCAUCUGGAGGUUGAAGAAGAACAAACACACUUCAAGGACAUCCAAGAGUGAGGAGUGGAGACAUUCUAAGCAGCAGAGCACAAGACAAAUCUGUUGAAUACUUUGAAGAUUUGCUAGGCAUACGUUUCCCCCAGUCAACUGCCUGUAGAGUUGUUGGAGAUCCGCUGCUUAUACUAGAGAUUUUUAUCUCAGUUUCUGAACAAUACUGGGAAGUAAUGCCACAGUCUUGGGCCUUACAUCUUUCUUCAGGCUUGCAAGGGAAAAACAUUGCCAAGGAUCAAUUUGGAUCGACUGUUGAACAAUAUGCGAAGUAUCAUGACCUGCAUGGCGGUGAUGAACAAUUCAGGAAGUCGAACUAUAGUGACUUGGUAAACAAGUACUAUGACCUUGUGACCGACUUCGCUGAAUAUCGCUGGGGUCAAUCAAUCCAUUUCGCCCCAAGAUGGCAUGGAGAAACUCGUCUUGAAAGCAUCAAGCGGUUUGAGCAUUUUAUUGCCCUUCAAUUGGGGCUCAAGAAGGGGAUGAAGGUCUUGGAUGUUGGAUGUGGAAUUGGGGGACCUUUAACAGAAAUCGCCAGAUUCAGCUCAACACAGAUAACUGGACUGAACAAUAACGCUUACCAGAUUUCAAGGGGCAAGGAGAUCAUUUCGUCGGCAGGUUUGACUGAGCAGUGCAACUUCAUAAAGGGAGACUUCAUGAACAUGCCUUUCCCUGAUAACACCUUUGAUGCAGCCUAUGCGAUAGAGGCCACAAUUCAUGCACCUGAUGCACUAGGUGCCUACAAGGAGAUAUACCGAGUGCUUAAACCUGGCCAGUAUUUUGCACUAGAUGAACUGUGCUUGACGGAUAGAUUUGACCCAAACAACGCUAAACAUAGGAAUAUCAAGUCUCAAAUUGAAAUCGGCUGUGGCCUCCCAGACAUCAGAAGCACACGCCAGUGCAUCCAAGCUAUGAAAGAUGCAGGGUUCGAGGUUGUGAUCGCGAAGGAUCUUGCUGAGGAUUCCGAGUGCCCAUGGUACCAGGAAAUAGAUCCUGGUGUUUUCUCAUGGACCAGCUUCAGCAACUCAUGUGUCGGACAGUUCCUCACUUAUGCAAUUGUUGGCACACUGGAGUUCCUCCGUAUUGCCCCCAAAGGCUUGAAUAGACUGUUCAGCAUCAUGCAGACAGCCUCCCAUGGCCUGGUGACUGGCAGCCGGGAACAGAUCUUUACGGCGACCUUCUUUGUCCUGGGCCGGAAACCUCUCGAGGAGACUGAAAUUUAAAGCAACCUACAACAAUGUUGUAUGUACUAUUGGACUUCUACUUGCCUCUGAUCCUUGUUCUGCACUGAAGUAUUGUUAUAGUAUUAAGUUCCUAUAAAAGUUCUUCGUUUGUUACCAUGCUUGGUUGUAUGCUGUAUGCCUGUACCGGAUUACUGGUUAAGAUUACUAUCUGGAAUAAACAUAUUUGGAGUAUCUGCACACU